UCCUGCAGUGUCCGUGUUUUUGUAGCUGAAAGUGUGAAAGACUCCGUUGCAAUGGAUAGUCGGAUUUAGGAGAAUACCUCGGCUUGGAAAGCAUAAGAAAUCUUACAAUCCCACUCAAGUUAACCAAGGAUACGGAAUUAAACGUCUCUGCUUGGUAACUGCAUUUCUAUUUUCGGGUGGGAUGGAAGGACACUUCUGCGCAAGGGACUCAUUUAUGCAGUGGUUAGAUCUCUGGCUAGCAAAGCUAGCUAAUGUGCAUAUGCUAACUAUAAAAACAAUCAGCUAGCUACAAGAAACGAUUUGCAUGAACGUCAGUGGAUAGGUUGACUCGUUUAGCAUAUACAAAUGCAUUCCGUCAGCUUAUUGUAAUUUGUGUAUUUUACUAAAUCGAAUCACUUAAAAUGGAUUAAUGGAUAGUUUACAAGCUAGCUAGCCAAUUUAGCUAGCUGAUUAGCUAGCUAUGGAUUGUUGUUGUGUUAGCUGACACGCUAGGUUUAGCUGUCCAGUUAAAUAAACAUAACACUUGUCUUUGAAAAUGUGGUGACACGUAUUUAAUGGUAGUCAGUACUGUACCCCUAGUAUGGCAAAUAUAUCCCAGCAAGCUACUGUUAGCUAACGUUAGUUAACUAGCUAGUUGAUGGGUUGAGAUGUAACUUGACUUCCCAAUUAAGAUGUAGCACCAGACAGCUGAAAGUUAAUUCUAGUUUGCUAGCUAGCUCAGCUCAUUCCUCACAGGAAAGAUUGUAAUUUGACAUUUAUUGCAUGAGGGGGUGCCCAACAAGUCAGGCAAUCAUGUCAAGUAAAGCCACGACUAAAGAGAAGAAAUCUGGUAGCUUCAGCAAGAAACUCUUCAGACGAGGCUCUGUGCGCUCCGUGGGUAGUUUUAUGGGCAGAGUCUUAAGGACCCUGUCAACCCUGUCCCAUUUUGGAUCAGAUGGGCAUGCUAUUGAAGGUGACAAAGACGACGGGGGUUUCACAUUAUUCAAAACUGGAGGCAAAGAUUCACCAGCUUUGGAUGAUAGUGACCGUUUCCUCGGAGAAAAGGUCCCUGGAGUGUCUGGUCUCAAAAACCAUGGUAACACUUGUUUCAUGAAUGCCAUCCUCCAGUGCCUGAGUAACACUGAACUCUUUGCUGAGUAUUUGGCACUGGAACAAUACCGGGGAGUCGAGGAAACGGAUGAGGAGAAGGAGAAACCAAAGACAAACGGUGUGCAUUUGGGGAGGAAGGGCCCUCAUGACAGAGGCGAGGUGACCGAGCAGCUGUCUGGACUGGUCCGGGCCCUGUGGACAUUUGAAUACACCCCACAGCACAGCAGGGAGUUCAAAAAUGCUGUCUCAAAGAGUGCUUUGCAGUAUAAAGGCAAUGCUCAGCAUGAUGCCCAGGAGUUUCUGCUCUGGCUUCUGGACAGGGUACAUGAAGACCUCAACAACCAUCCCAACAACAGGCCUUCCAUUAAGCCACCAGUGGAAGAGGAUGAUGGGGGUCUAGAGGGGCCUUCUCUUCCACUCUCUACCGGUUCAUUUGUGCAAGAGCUAUUUCAGGCCCAGUACAGGUCGUCGCUCACCUGCCCGCAUUGCCAAAAACAGAGCAACACCUUUGAUCCUUUCCUCUGCAUCUCCCUUCCCAUCCUCUUACCUCACACAAGGCCUCUGUAUGUGACAGUGGUCUACCAGGGGAAGUACUCUCACUGUAUGAGGAUCGGCGUGGCCGUGCCCCUGAACAGCACCGUGUCCAGACUCCGAGAUGCUGUGUCACGUGAGACCAAGAUCCCCCUGGACCAGUUUGUUUUGACGGAGAUGUACUACGACGGUUUCCACCGCUCCUUCUGUGAUGACGACGACGAUCUCGAUAUCAUUCAGGAGAGCGAUUCCAUCUUUGCCUUUGAGACGCCUGAGAUGUUCAGACUAGAGAACAUUCGAACCAAGAGAGGGAGUCUCCUUGCCAACCUGAACCAGAACAACUUAAAGUUUGGGAAUGAGAUGAGCAGGACUCCAUCUUUCAUGCAAGGAGCCGUGAUUCCUGCCACUGCGUCGGCCAAUAAGAACACAGGGGCCGACAAGAUGGUCCUGCUGAUCUGUAACCGAGCCUGCACCGGUCACCAAGGGAGGAGGUUUGGUCUUCCAUUUGUUCUGUACAUGGAUCGCACUGUGACCUGGGAUAUCCUGCAGAAGGAGAUCCUGGAGAAGAUGCAUCACCUGCUCAGGCCAGGAGUUUACAUUCAGGUGGGGCCCUUCAGCCUACGAGUGGUUGGUGUGGUUGGCAUCACGUACCUCCUGCCCCAAGAGGAGCAGCCUCUCUGUCACCCAACAGUGGAAAGAGCGUACAAGUCCUGUGGCCAGGGGGGACCGCCGCACGUCAAGAUAGUGGUGGAGUGGGACAAAGAGACCAAGGAUUAUCUGUUUGGGCUCACUGAGGAAGAGUACAUCCCUGAUGCUGAGAGUGUGUAUCUGCACAGAGAGCAACACCAUCAGCCCCAGGCCUGCACCCUCGCUCAGUGCCUCCAGCUCUACACCAAAGAGGAGCAGCUGGCCCCAGAUGAUGCCUGGCGCUCCCACUGCAAGCAGCUGCAGCAAGGCCACAUCAAGCUCAGCCUGUGGACCCUGCCUGAUGUGCUCAUACUGCACCUCAAGAGGUUCAGACAGGAAGCUGACAGGAGGGUGAAGAUGCAGAACAUGGUGCGGUUCCCUCUGCUUGGCAUGGACAUGGCUCCUCACAUGGUGAAGAGGUCCCAGAGCAGCUGGAGCCUGCCCUCUCACUGGUCACCAUGGAGACGACCCUACGGCCUGGGGCGUAACCCUGACGACUACCUGUACGACCUGUACGCCGUCUGCAAUCACCACGGAAACAUGCAUGGAGGCCACUACACAGCUUACUGUAAGAACUCUGUUGACGGCCAGUGGUACUGCUUUGACGACAGUGAGGUCCAGCCCGUCGCUGAUGAUGAUGUGUGUCAGCAGACGGCCUACAUCUUGUUCUACCAGAGGAGGAACACGAUCCCCUCCUGGUCCGCCAACAGCUCCGUAGCAGGCUCCACCAGCUCAUCUCUGUGUGACCACUGGGUGAACCGUCUCCAAGGCAGCAGGCCGGCCAGCCUGGCUUCCGGGGCCUCCUCCAGACGCACCUCUCUGGCCUCCUUGGGCGAGUCAGUGGAGUUCACCACAGGGGACCGCAGCGAAGAUGACGGUGGAUUUUCGACCCGUCCCUUUGUUCGGAGCAUCCAACGUCAGAGCUUGUCUUCCAGGUCAUCCAUUGCCAGUCCUCUGGCCUUCAGUGAGAACAGCAUGAAGCCCUCCUGGUCCCUCUCUGCCAAGCUCCAUAUGAGGUCCAACUCCCCCUCACGCUUCUCCCUGGACUCACGCUCCUCUCCCCCCUUGGAGAGGAUAGGAGAAAGGGGAGAGGCCUGUGAUGACAAGGUAUCCACAUCUUGCUUCGGUAGCUACAGCCGGCAUGAGCGCUACCCUGGUGGCAGGGCCCCCUUGGCCAUGAUGGAGGGGAACAGCACCGACCAGGACCAUGGCAGGAGGAUCCUAGAUGAAGUCUACUGCAGGGCCCCCACGCCGGCCGAUAAGAAGAGCUCCAAGAGUGACCCAACGGACAACAACAACCAGAUAACAGCCCUGAACCAAAACGCAAGCCCCCUGUCGAAAGAGCAGAAACGCAAGAGCAGCACUGCCGGAUCUGCCCCAAAGUUAGAGAGCGCCAGGUCCAAAAAGAGUUCCAUCAAGUCUGAGCCAGAGAAAAACUCCAAGAAGCGCCAGUGUUCGUCCUCCACCCCCAAAUCCUCUACAUCCCAAAUGUCUUCCAGCCCUGUGGUAAAGGGCCCCAAGGUGACCACCUCUAAAGACAAGACCACCAGCAGCAGCAGUGCUACGCCCACCAGGACCCCGUCCAAAAAGAAAGAGUCUUUGUCUUCCAAGGGUCCUGACUCGGCAGAUGGAACCCCCCAGCGCAAGCAACGCAUCUCCACACCGCUGUCCUCUGCUUCCCCCUCCCCCACCAUAAAGAAGAGUGCCUCUGGCCUUGAGAAGACCACCUCUGGUCAGAAGAAGCUGCUGGAGAGGAGCUGCAGUCGGGACUCAGGGUUAGUAAGCCCUCUGGUUGAUAGACCACGCUGGGGCAGCAACGCUGCAGCCAGGACCCCCACCAAGACUGCUGCGGAGGGGGUCCGUCCAGAGAGGAGGUUUUUGCGGAGUUCCAUCAGCAGCUCCUCUGUCACCAGCCUGCGCUCCCCCAGUGUCUCCUGCAGGGACCCUAGGCACAGCAGCAAGUCAGAGGACAAGGGCCUGUCGUUCUUCAAGAACGCCCUGCGCCAGAGAGAGUCCCGUCGGUCGGCCGAUCUGGGUAAGACCAGCAUCCUGGCCAAGAAGGCCUCUGAGAGGACAGCCAGGCGGAGCGUUCAGGGGGAUGGGUCGGCCUGUGCCUCAGAGCAUCAUGUGAACAAGGUUGUCAUUGAGGUAAAGGAGUCCUCCAAGCCCUCCACCCCAGUCAGACGCUCUCUGUUGCCUGUUAUAGGUAAAUCCAAGUCUUCCACUUCUGAAUCCAGUCUUAAUUCUCCCCCCAAUGGGAAAAAGCCUCUUGAGAAGCAGGCGUCCUCCAGAAAUCUUUCUGCCAGCAUGCAGUCUUCUGCACGCCCAACACAGAAGCCUCAAUGACAUCAUAUAUCGAUAGCAGUCUCAUUGUUUUAUGUAUGCAGCAUUUUUUUUCCCAUGUGCCUAAGAUAUAAAUAUAUAUAGAUUGAGAGAAUAUAUAAUAUAUAUAUAUAUACUUGUAUUUUUCUUUUCAUAAGCAAGAUGUAAAUGAUCAAAAGCGCCUUUCUAUCCUGUCAUGGAACCAAAUCAUUGCCUUUGGCAAAGUAUGGUAUUAGUCUACUACUGUACACAAAACUGAAUAGGAAUGUUUUAAGAUAGCACUUUGUAAAUAGAGUAUGGAAUAUUUUUUCCCAGAACAACACUAUAUACAGUAACAUAGUUAAUAAAAAUCUAUUACUGUCAAUUUUUAUGUAUUACAUUUACUUGGUUUAAAAAGGUCACGUGAAACUAGAGUAACGGGUCUAGGACUUGACAUUUAUUAAGGCUGUAAGGGUACACUAGUCUGAAGAUAUUUUGUGGAGUAGUCUAAAAUGUUACUCCUUUUCUACAUCUGGUGCUGUUCAAAGGGCAAUACUGGCACUGUUUGAAAUAUUUAAAAUGCUGAGGUUCUGAAAUAAAAAAUAUCUAUGUCGGGUCAGCAACAGGCGUCCUGUGGCGCGAAACCAGCCAGGAAGUUAUUUUUUUGGGGGGGGUUGGGGGACUACCCAAAGUUUUUAGUAUAAACAAAUAUAUGUAUAUAUUUUGGGAAUUGUUUUUGGUCAAAAAAUGUGUUUAGUUUAGGAACUCUGUUUCCAAGUAUUUUCUUGAAUAAAAAAAGAGAUGUGAUCGUGUCUCAAUGUAAUCAAGAUAUGAAAUGAUUGUUCUCAAAUACAAUCUGUUUUUGGCCUUAGUUAUG